ACAGAAGCCACUUGCUUGGAGCAGACUACCAUGACGAGCCAGUCUCAGGGGAUCCACCAGCUUCUUCAGGCAGAAAAACGGGCCAAGGACAAGCUAGAGGAAGCCAAGAAGAGAAAAGGAAAGCGAUUGAAGCAAGCCAAGGAGGAAGCAAUGGUAGAAAUUGACCAGUACAGAAUGCAGAGAGAUAAACAGUUUCGACUAAAACAAUCUAAGAUAAUGGGUUCUCAGAGUAAUCUCUCAGAUGAAAUAGAAGAACAAACACUAGAGAAGAUACAAGAACUUAAUGGACACUACAAUAAGUAUAUGGAAAGUGUGAUGAACCAGCUCUUGAGCAUGGUCUGUGACAUGAAACCAGAAAUCCAUGUGAACUACAGAGCCACCAACUAAAUGUACAUCAUAGUUUUCAAGAAAAAAAAAGGUGUGUGAGUGCCACCUGGUUGCUUAUGGCUUCAUGUUUUUAUGUUAAGAUAUUUGAAAUGCGAACCUUAAAUUUACAUUUACAGGAAAUGUGACAUAACUCAUACAUCAGCACUGAAUUAAACAAAACAAAAUACAA